CUGGGCCGGAAGUGCCGUGUCCACGUGGGGAGGCGGCGGCGGCGGCAGCAUGGGGCGCGAGGGCAAGACCAAGAACCAGAAGCGGGCGCGGGCGGCCGCCCAGCAGCGGGCCCAGGAGCAGUUCGCCUCCGUCCCUCACUCCUUCGUCUUCCACCGCGGGCGCGUGGGCCGGAGCCUGCAGCAGCUCAUCCUGGACGUGCGGCGGGUGAUGGAGCCGUUCACAGCCAGCACCCUGCAGGUACGGAAGAAGAACUCGCUGAAGGAUUUUGUGGCGGUGGCGGGGCCCCUGGGCGUGACGCACUUCCUGGUCUUCACCAAAUCCCCCACCAACGUCAACUUUAAACUCGUCCGUCUCCCGGGAGGCCCAACACUGACCUUCAAAGUCACACAGUACUCGCUCAUCAAGGACGUGGUGUCCUCCCUGAAGCGCCACCGCAUGCACGAGCAGCAGUUCACGCACCACCCGCUGCUGGUGCUCAACAACUUCGGCCUGCAGCAGAUGCACAUCAAGCUGAUGGCCACCAUGUUCCAGAACAUGUUCCCCUCCAUCAACGUGCACAAGGUCAACCUCAACGCCAUCAAGAGGUGCCUGCUGAUCAGCUACAACUCGGACUCCCAGCUUCUGGACUUCCGGCACUACAGCCUGAAGGUGGUGCCUGUGGGGGCGAGCAAAGGCCUCAAGAAGCUGCUGCAGGAGAAAUUCCCCAACAUGAGCCGGCUGGAGGACAUCAGUGAGCUGCUGGCCAAGGACAUUAACCUGUCGGAGAGCGAGGCCGAGCAGGACGGGACCCACAAUAUCCUGGAGCUGCCCCAGGCAUACGCGGGCCGGGGGAACAUGAAGGCCCAGCAGAGCGCUGUGCGUCUCACUGAGAUCGGGCCCCGAAUGACCCUGCAGCUCAUCAAGGUGGAGGAAGGAUUGAACCAGGGCAACGUGCUCUACCACAGCUUCAUUCUCAAGACGGAGGAGGAGCUCCGGGCGGCCCUGGCCAGGAAGGAGGAGCGGCUGCAGCUGAAGGCAGAGCGGCGCCGCAGGCAGGAGGCCGAUGUGCAGCGCAAGAAGGAGCAGCGGGAGGCCCACAGGAAGCAGAGCCUGGCCGGGAUCAGGAGGAAGCAGCAGCAGGGGGAGGAUGGUGACAGUGGAGCCGAGGAUCCUGGGAUGCCGGCGGACCAGGACCUGGCCAACCAAUCAGACGACGACGCAGAAUAUUACCGGCAGGAAGUGGGCGAGGAGCCCGACGCAGAUCUGUUCCCCAAAAGCACCAAGAGGAAACACGGGCCCCUGCGCUCCCCCCAGCCCAGCAAGAGACUCAGAACCAGCCCGCCUGGGGAGCAGCCUGCCAGCCACAAGGCGAAGCACAGGAGACCCCCUGGCCAGCCGCAGAGGGGCGGGCGCAGCCCCAGGCAGCAGAGGGAGCUUGGGAACUCUCAGAGGCCUGGCCAGCAGAAGGACCCACGGAGCCCUAAGGGCCGCGGGCAGCAGCGAGGAGCACGGAGUCCAAAGCCGAAAGGACCCAGGCAUCCGGCGCAGCAGGGAACCAAGCGAGGCCCUAGGCUCAAAGGGCCGGGGAAGCCAGGGCUGCGGAGGAAGCAGGCAGCCCGGGGGCAGGGGGGGCGCCAGAGGCCCCGGGCCCCCAAGAAGGGCCAGGUCCCGUGUGGCCCCUGCUCAGGCACGGCCAGUGGUGCUGGCUGGGUGCUGCCAGCCUCUGAGCUGCGCUGGGGGCAGGAUGGGAUCUCUGGGCGGUUCCCGCCCUUCCCCGAUGCCCUCCCACCACCCUCGGGCUGGGGGGGAAGGGGUGGAGCAGCGUCUUCAGGCUGCAGCCAGCUGCCAGCAGGAAGGAACACCCUGCUACUGCUUCCCUCUCCAGCCUGCGGCGGGUCCUGCUGCCCCCGGGCGCAGCGCAGUGCCAGGAUGAGUGCUACAGGUGCUGAGGGGCCGGGGGCCUGCAAUGUUUCCUUCAGUAAGUUCCAGGAGCACAUGUGGCCAGUGGUGACGGUGGAGUUCUUCCUGGCCUUCGCCGGCAACGCCUUCGCCAUCUACCGCUUCGUGGCGCGUGAGCGCACCUGGCACACGGGCAUCGUGUAUUCCUUCAACCUGGCCGUCAGCGACCUGCUCUACGCCCUCUCCCUGCCCUUCCUGGCCGCCUACUACUACCCGCCCAAGCACUGGCGCUACGGCCUGGCCCUCUGCAAGCUCGAGCGCUUCCUCUUCAGCUGCAACCUGUACGGCAGCAUCUUCUUCCUCACCUGCAUCAGCCUGAACCGCUACCUGGGCAUCGUGCACCCGCUGCUGGUGCACGGCCGGCUGGAGCCGCGCCACGCCAAGCUGCUGAGCGGCGCCGGCUGGCUGCUGGUAGCCGGCCUCUCCGCCCCCACCCUGCACUUCUCGGAGCUGCAGCCCAGGGGGAACUGCACCGAGUGCAUGGGCAGCGCCACGGACGAGCAACUGCCCCGCUACCUGCCCUACAGCCUCUUCCUGGCGGCCUUCGGCUGCGGGCUGCCCUUCCUGCUCACGCUCUUCUCCUACGCGGCCAUCCUCUGCACCGUCUGCCGCAACCCCCACAUCACACGGCUGGAGAAGCGCAAGGUGGGGAGGCUGGUGAGCGUGGGGGUGGCCCUCUACGCUGUCUCCUACCUGCCCUACCACACCCUGCGCAACCUCAACCUGCACCUGCGGCAGCAGUGUCUGCUGGGCAAGGCGCCGAACUACCAGCACGCGCUGUUCGUCCACUCCGCCUACCAGCUCAGCAAAAUCCUGGUCACCCUCAACAUCUGCGCCCACCCGCUGCUCUACGGCGCCCUGGCCGACAGCAUGCGGGGCUGGUGCAGGGCCCCCCGCGGGCAGGACAGGGGCCAGCCCUCAGAGAACAUGGAGCUCAAGGCCUGUGGCUGACACCGGGGAUGGAACCAGCCUCCCCCCACACUUUGUGCUGCCAGCACACAGGACUGGCUCUCCCCCCCGCAGCCCAGGCCAGACCACGCAGGGGGUAACAGCAGCUGCUCCGGCUGCCUGCCCCAAACUCUGGGGGGCAGCUCCUCCCUCCUCAGCUAGACGCCAACCCCCCUCUGAGCCCCUCAGCGAGUGGGGCUUGUGACACCCCCGUUACCGCAGCAGGGGCUGGGCUCCUGCGAGAUCGGCCAUUAAAGCAGAGUCAGCCGG